UUGGCAUCAAAACGAAAGGCUUCAUCUUCAUUGGUUCGCGAACAAGAGCCAGUUAGUGGAGCAAAUACGGUAGAUUAUGGAAGUAGUCGAGUGCCAAACCAGAAAAAUAUCGAUGCUUCGACAAGAACUGCAGUUCUGGAGGAUUUCUAUGGUUUUUUGGACGACAAAGUUGAUCGAGUAUGGUAUUAUAGAGGAAUGUAA